UAGGCAGGCAGCCAUGGCUUUUCUCAGCAUAGCACGCUGGCCCGUCCGCGCCGCUUCCUAUUGAUUCGCGUAAUUCUAUAGCGUACAUCUCGCGGAUAAAACGCGCAAUUUAGGGAGCGUUCUUGGUUUCAACUCUCGCAGACGAACAGGGCCCACACGGAGCGAGUUCGCGGUUCAGGCGACACUGCGGCACGAGCGCCUCUGCCACUCCCUCGAUUGUCUCUUGACGAACGGCGUGUCGCAUUGCGAUGACGGCGCGUGCAGGCAGUGUGACGCGCGAGUCGCAUUGUCCAUCUCGUAAUCACCACACAUCCGACAGACCACAUAUAUCAUGCCCUCCUCACCUGAAAGCCGGUCACAAACAUGUCCCCACCCUCGCCGUUAUGACCCCUGUCGUCUCCCGUUUUUUUGCCUUCCACUUAACUUUUUUUUCCCUUUCCGUUUGCCUUUUUUUUUCUUUGGUUUUUUCGUCAACGUUUCCCCACCGCCCCCUCUCUUUCCUUCCCGCCGUCCCCCGGCGCCACCCCUUCCCGUCGUCCCCCUUUCCCCUUCCCGUCUUCCCCUGUUUCCCAUAGCCGUCGUCCCCUUUUCCCCUUCCCGUCGUCCUCUUUUCCCUUCCUGUCGUCCCUGUUUCCCCUUCCCAUCACCCCGUCCUGUGACCCGUCAUGUCUCUCUUCCCUUCCCGUCGUCCCCCAUUCCCCUUCCUGUCACCCCCAUUCCCCUUACCGUCGUCCCCGUUUCCCAUUACCGUCAACCCUCUUUCCCCUUCCCGUCGUCGUCCCUUUUUUCCCUUCCUGUCUUCCCUCUUUCCCAUUCCCAUGGUCCCGCUUUUUCCAACUCCUCGCCCCCUUCCCCCUUCCCGUCGCCCCCGUUUCCCCAACCCGCCCACGUUUCCCAUUCCGUCGUCCCCGUUUCCCCGUCCCGUUGCCCCGAGGACCAAUGCUGUUCACAAGGACUUCUGAGGUUUGGGCUCACAAUCACUGGCAGCUCCACCUGCUUCUUGAACUCUCAUCCGCCAUCCCCCGCUCUGCAGGGCAGAUGCAGUCAGAAAACGCCCGUCUUUCUCCCUGUCGCCACACACCUCACUCCGAUCACGCUUUCGCACCAUCACCCUCAAUUCCGUUCCGCAUUCUCUUCUCUGCUUUCCCCCACACUCCUCCGUGCUUUCCCCCACUCUCUUCCCUGCUUCCCCCCAAUCUCCUCUCUGCUUAUCCCAUGUUAUCCUGCCCCAAACCACUCUCCUCUUUACUUCCGCCUGCUCCAUUUCCCCCUUUCCCUCUUCCUUCGCUCCUCCCCUACUCCUUCCUCCCCAUCCCUCUCCUCUCCUCCCUCCAUCGCCCUUUUCCCUCCCCCUCCCUCUCCUUACCACUUCACAACCCCCCCCUUUCGUUUCUGCCUGAAUCCCAUGCUCUCCUGCUCUCUCCCAUGCUCUUCCCCAUCUUCUGUGCUCUCCAUCCUGCUAAAGUAACUGCAUGGUCAGCUAUUGGGUCCGUGCAGAUCAAUUAGGACACAAUGAUGAAUUGUGGUUCUGUGUUGCCACACCAGAAAUGCAGGCGCUCAUAGGCCAGCCAAGCCGAAGUCCGUCCAUCGCCGUAUCCACUCCAUCAUCCAACGGCAGCUCAGUCGAAGUGAGGAGGAAGAUGAGUGGAGGGAGGGAGGCAGAGGGAGAGUGGGUUUGGGAUGGGCAUGGGGGCUAGGUAGAUGGUCUGGGGGAAGUCGGAUGGGGAAGAGGACGGCAGUGGCAUUGGCUAUGAGUGGGUUGAACCCAG